CUGCUCUUCUUUUUCCUUCCCUGCACCGAACAAAAGCCCCCAAGCCCGACGCACCUCCCUUGGAAAAAAAACUGGUAAAAGAGCUUGAAAUUCCUCUUUCUUUCUUGUUCAAUCACAAGAUUUGGGGCUUAGAACUCUCUCCCUCAACCCAGAAAUCCCGGAUCGGCUCUGCUUCUUCCUCCCUUGUCCGUCGGUUUCUGCUAAUGGGUGUGCGAAAUUCUGGGCAUUUUCGAUUUCCCUUGAAUUUCUCCUGCAUUUGCCGUCGGCUUCUCCCUCUGCCAGGUCCGGUUCUGCUGGCUGGAAAAUUCUGGUAUGUUGACAGCCCUCCAAGCCCCGAAUUUGUCCAUUUAUUUGCUGCCUUGAGUGUUCGAAAAUCUGCUGGAAAUAGGGGAGAAAUUUGAUAGUAAUUAGACCAUGAUUUAGCUUAAUUCAUGUAGAAAAUUAGUUAAUUGACUGUUGUGAUUUUUGGAGAGAAAAUCCCGUGAAUUGGUUAGUGUUUUGGCCAAUUUUUGGAAGUUGCAGUACUGUUCACGGCGUAGGUACUAUUCACGGCGUAGGUACUGUUUACGAAUACUGUUUACGCACUGAUGGCCAUCAAUUAACGGGGAUUUAAAUGUUUAGUUUAUAAUAUAAGAACAAAUGUGGAGAUUGAUAGAAAUAGCAUCGUGAUGAGGGGGUAGUUAUGGUGAUUUUACUUUUGAAUCCAUGAUACGGUAAUUAAUUUUGGAUAUUUUGAUUAGGUUUCUGAUUGUUCUGUCAGUUUAGCACUGAAAUCGAGUCUUCAGUUUAUGCGAGUGAGGUAAGUAAAUUUAUGGUAAUGCC